AUGCAUACUUUCUCCGUCGCUCCGAAAGUUGCCAAAGAUGAAGAACGAGCCACAAAGGGCUCGUCGGAGACACCAGCUGCGACCUCUACCCCGUCUCUUCCUUUCGUCGAAGACCGAGACGGCGAGAGCUUACCAAUAACGACAACAACUGAUGGUGGACCGAAGAUUCUUAACAGCAGUAGUGGUGGUCAAUGGGUGGAAGGAAGCAGUCCUCCAACGAUGAUUUGCAAAGGGAGGAAGACGGAGACGAUCGUUGUAGUUGGUGGUUUAGAAGAUGGCGAGAAAGGGUGCUUGGGCAGCUAUAAUAGACGAGAAACAACCAAGAAAGGAAAAGGGGGUGUUUGGGUGAUUCAGUCGACGGAAUGGAUAGAAGGAUGGUGA